CGGUGGUCACCAGUCAACAGUAUGGUUAGUUUCAACUCGAGAGUGUCACCCCCGUGGUAGAUAUCUAAGGGUGAAGUCCCAUGGCAGCGUUUUGCGUUGCGUUUUGUAACUAGGCCAUGAGUGCAAAUAUAGCAAACAUAUAUCUCCAUCUUUCUCACACUCAUUGCCUAGUUACAAAACGCAACGCAAAACGCUGCCAUGGGACUCCACCCUAAGGCCGCAGUCCCAUGGAAAUUCCAAACAUAAAAAUUAGAAUAAUUUCAAAUUUUUGAGAAAAGGAAUUAGUGUAAACUAAUAUUCUUCAUUAUGCAGAAUGUAUCAAAUGAUUAUUCUCGACUUUUGAAUUUCAUUCAAUAUAUAAUUUAGUUUAUUGAGGAUUCGCGUAUCUAGUCAUUUUUAAAUUGUGUAUUCGGCAUAAUGAGCAUUCUGGACUUAUGUUUUUGGUACAGACGGUCGCACCCCAUGCAUGCGUCUCACAGUCUCACUUGCUCACCUAACUUAACGUUACCUCACAAGUAACACUUCUUUACUAUCAUAAUAUACAAAUUACAAUGUCAGUUUUACAAAUAUUUUAAUGAAAAUCCGUCAUACAAGCUCGAUAUUAUGUGAAUUUCAAAUGAGUGCGUUAAAAAUAAUAAUUUUGACCUUAAUAAAGUAAUAAAAGUAAAUCUGUGUUUAAAAGUUGUAAAGUCUUGAAUGUCCUGAAUAUACACUCAGGGACCGUUACGGAAAGUUUGAAAGUGUACCAGCCGACAUUUUGUCCUAAUAAGUUGAAGCCAUUUUACCUCUAAUUUUCCUUAUGUGAUUGAAAAAGGAGAAUAUAGGAUAAAUUUUAUUUGUAUAAUCUAAACACGUUAAUAUCAUGAAUGAGCGGCGAGGCUAUAAACGUUAUUUAGAUUCAGGAUUAACUGAAUCUGUUCCUUCUUCAUCUUGGUACAGAAGACGCAAAAAAUUCUUAGAAGAGAUGAAUGAAGAUAAUUUGGAAGAAUUUCCUGAUCAGGAAAGUGAUACUAACGAUGCGUCUCAAUCUUCAUCAGAUGAAAAUCAAAUGGAGGUAGAGCUUGAUGAAAAUAUAGAGCCUUUAAUGGGAAAUGAAAGCUCUAAUGAUAAUCUUUCACAAGUAAUACAUGAUGAACUAGUAAAUACUCAGCUUGACUCACUUCAGAAAGAAGAAAACAGUAUUGGAUAUAUUCAUCAAAUUGUAGAAAAUCUAGCAGAGGAUAUUGACGACAUUGAGGACAAAAAUGACUCAAAAUUUGUAGAGGACGAUAUAGAAGCUGAAUGCUUUAUGGAUAUUUUGAAUGAUGCUGACUUAAUAAAUGAAGAUGAUGACGUAUCUACAGAAAAACCGUUUAAGUCUUUUAAAGACAUGUUAAAUAUGAAAGAUUUCGAAAAUCCUAUUACUGUCCCAGUUGAUAAAAGUGUUGGAGAAAUAAUAUUUAUGAUUGUAAAGUACGCUUUAGUGCAUGCAUUAUCAUUAACACAAAUCACUGAUCUGUUUAUGCUCAUUAAUUGUAUGUUUGCUUUUCAUAUUCUGCCGAACACUCGAUAUUUGAUAGACAAGUUGUUUCACCCAAAAGAUUGUAUGCAACUUCAUGCGACAUGUACCAAGUGUGGCGCGUACGUUGGGAAAUUCGAACGUAAAGACAAGUUUAUAAAGUGUGGCGUGUGCAAGACAAAAAUUCAGGUAGGCGAUUAUAAACAUAAAGACUUUUUCGUCACGAUAGAUCCGAGUGCACCUAUUUCAAAAUUACUGGAAUCAAACAGUACUUACCACAAUUAUGUCAUGAAUGAAAGGCCGUACGAAAAAGGUCACAUUCGUGAUAUUUAUGACGGGAAGCGUUAUCGAAAUUUUGUUAAAAAAUUGAAUGAAUGUGAUAAACAUGCUUAUGCAAGUGUUAUUUUUAAUACUGACGGUGCACCACUUUUUACCAGUUCGUCUUACUCGAUUUGGCCCAUAUAUCUAAUGGUAAAUGAAUUACCAUAUAAUGUACGAACAAAAGAGCUAAUAGUCGUAGGCCUUUGGUUUGGUAAAGACAAACCGAACAUGCAAGUCUUUCUUGACCCAUUUGUAGAAACUAUGAACAAGCUGUCAACGGAAGGAGUAUCAUGUAAAAUAAAUGGUAAUAAUCGUAAUAUUAAAAUCUUUCCAUUAGUGUGUUGCGUAGAUACAGUUGCUCGCGCUCCAAUGUUAGGAUUUGUACAAUUUAAUGGGAAAUAUGGCUGUCAUCUAUGCCUACAUCCAGGCGAAUCGGUAAAAUGUAAUCCUAAUAAUCCACGUUCCGGAAACAUGAAAUAUCCUUUGCUAAAAAAAGUUCCGAAGAAUAGAACCGUUAAAGAAACGGAAAAGCAUAUGAAAAGUGCAGUUGAAAAAAAAACUCCUAUUUUCGGUGUUAAGGCAUAUUCUCAUCUUAUAAAUCUACUUGGUUUCAAUUUCAUUUACGGUGUAGUUGUGGAUAGUAUGCACUGCUGUUCAGGAAUUGCAAAACAAUUUGCAACUACGUGGUUUGGCAACGCAAAAAAGUCUGGAAUAUUCAGCAAAUCAAAAAUCGAAGAUAUUGAUAAAACACUAAAUAAUUUCAAAGUUCCACAUCAAAUUAUUCGAUUAACACGUCCAUUUUCUGAAAAAGCAUUUUGGAAAUCAAGAGAGUGGGAGAAUUGGAUUCUAUUUUAUAGUCCCAUAAUAUUAAAAGAUGUCUUACCAGAAGAAUUAUUUUGCCAUUGGAUAUUGUUUGUGGAAGCCCUUUACUUGCUACUAAAAGAAGACAUUCGAAUUCAAGAUAUAGAUUUUGCGGAUCAACUCUUGCAUGAGUUUGUUGCUCAGACGGAAAUAAUUUAUUCUAAAGUUUCGAUGACAUUCAACAUUCACUUAUUGUUACAUUUAGCAAGAAGCGUAUUCGAAUGGGGCCCUCUCUGGUCUCAUAAUGCGUACGCAUUCGAAUCAGCGAACGGUCAAUUACUAAAAGUCAUUCACGCGGCAAAAGGUGUACAUAAUCAGGUAUGUCGACGCAUUAGUCUCCGAUACUGUAUGAUUAGUUUGCGUGAUCGUAUUUACCCCCAUUGUUCAUACACGGUUAAACAUUUUUAUAAUAAUAUCGGUACAACCAUGGUUCAAAAAACAAUGCAGACUUCUACAGCUAGAUACUUUGGUAGUGGAUCCUCGGUCGAUCAAACUUGGAAAGUAAAAUUAUCAUUGUCUGAAUCUGCUCUUUCAUUUUAUAAAAUUGUGAAAAAUGGAUGUUUAUUUAUGUCAUCAAAAAAGAUUAAUAAAAGGUCAGAUAAUACGUUUGCUCAAUUGCGUGAUUUUUCAUAUGUUAAAAUCCACUUUUUUGUAAUGGAUUCACAUACUAAAUUUGAAUUUGCAAUAGUGAAAAAAAUUCAUACAGUCCGUUCUUUCGAAAAAUGUUAUAACACAUUACAAACAAUUGUAAACAUUGACACAGAAGAAUCUGCGAUUUCUAUUACUGAACUUUCGACAAUAUGCGUUCACAUGUCAAAGGAUGGGAAAGAAUACUUGUGCGCUGUACCGAAUUCGUAUGUGUAUUAAUUUAAAAGGACACCUUAGAAAACCUAAGACAGGAUAUUUUUUACAGUUACACUCUCUAUGUUUAAUAUGACUAAGCAAAUUUUUGAAUAUUAAAUUGUAUUUUGAUAAACCAAAAA